AACCCCCCUGCGGGGCUUUGUGCGGGCAGAGCCGCGUUCUCGCUUCAACAGUGCUUGAACGGAACCGGCUGCCCCUUUGGCCCCCCGUCCGUUCCGUCUGUCCAUCCAUCCCGUCCAUCCGUCCGCCCGCCAUGGAGUCCCAAAUCCGCCAGAACUACCACCGCGACUGCGAGGCCGCCGUCAACCGCAUGGCCAACAUGGAGCUCCACGCUUCCUACGUCUACCUCUCCAUGGGCUUUUACUUCGAGCGGGACGAUGUGGCGCUGCCGCGGCUCGGCCGGUUCUUCCUGGAGCAGGCUCGGGAGGAGCGGGAACACGCCGAGGGGCUCCUGCGCUUUCAGACACGCCGCGGCGGCCGCGUGUUGCUGCAGGACAUCAAGAAGCCGGAGCGGGACACUUGGGGGUCGGCGCUGGAGGCGGUGGAGGCGGCGCUGCAGCUCGAGAAGUCGGUGAACCAGGCGCUGCUGGAACUGCACAGUCUGGCCAGCGAGAAGGGAGACCCCCACCUCUGCGACUUCCUAGAGUCUCACUACCUGGAUGAGCAAGUGAAGGCCAUCAAGGCGCUGGGAGAUCACGCCACCAACCUGCGGCGCCUCACCGGCACCACCGGCGGGCCAGGGGGAGCCCCGGCCGGCCUCGGGGAGUACCUGUUCGACCGCCUGAGCCUGGAGGAGCGCAGCUGAACCCCAGAUCCCUGCCCUGGACGGCGCCCGGGCCCCCUCAGACCCUCGUAACCCCCUUGCCCAGUCCACAGGGGCUUUGCCUGCUGGGGCACCCCCCAGCAUGACUCCAAUAAAGGGUCUGUCUUAGCA